AUGUCUGGAUUAACACCUAUUGCCACAUACAAUUUGGCUUUAAAACCAUUUCAACCUCUUCCUGCUGUAGAAGAUGACUUCCCUGUGACUAUCCGGAUUAGUUUGGCUGCAUUGGACCCAGAAGCUGUUGAUGAUAAAGAGGAGCCAUCGACUUUAAGAAUUUUAAAGAAAAGCCCAUUCAUCGAUGAUGAUGAUGAGGACGAUGACGAGGACGAUGAUGAGGACGAUGAUGAGGACGACGAAUUAGAUAACUUGGAGAACGACGAGGAAGAAAAAGAAGACGAUGACGAUGAUGUUGAUGAGAAGAAGAAGAAGAAAAGUAAAGGUAAGGAGGACAAUGAAGAAGAAGGUGAUAAAGACGAUGAUGAAGAAGAAGACGAAGACGAAGAAGACGAAGACGACGAAGAUGACGACUUAGAUGACGAAGACUUAGAUGAAGGUAUAUCCGAGUUUGUUGUUUGUACGUUAUCUCCAAAACACCAAUACCAACAAACACUUGACCUCACAAUUACUCCUGACGAAGAAGUAUACUUUGUUGUUACUGGUUCGUAUCCAAUCCAUUUGACUGGUAACUACAUUGAACAUCCUGCUGACGAGAGUGAAGAAGACGAGGAUGACUUUGAUGAGUAUGAUGAUGAGUAUGACUUGACUCCAGAUGAAGAUGAGAUCAUUCCCGAGCUUGAAUACGAUGCUACAAGCGAAGAUUCUGCUGAAUCUGGUAAGAUUGAAGAAAUUGUAGAGGAGAAUGAAAAGAAGAGAGCAGCUGAAGAAGAGCCCAAAAAGUCGAAAAAGGCUAAAAAGGCUAAAAAGGCUGAAAAGGCAGACGCGGCUAAGGAAGAGAAAAAAUCUGUCCAGUUUCAUAAAGAUUUGGAACAAGGCCCAACAGGCUCAACAUUAGCCACGGAUGAGAAAAAGGCAGAAAAGAAAUUUCCUACAAAGACUUUGUUAGGUGGAGUUGUUACUGAGGACAGAAAGAAAGGAUCUGGUCCAGAAGCCAAAUCUGGUAACAAAGUUGGUAUUAGAUACAUUGGAAAAUUGAAAAACGGUAAAGUAUUUGAUAAAAACACUACUGGGAAACCAUUUAGCUUCAAAUUGGGUAAAGGUGAAUGUAUCAAGGGUUUCGACUUGGGUGUCACUGGAAUGAGCAUUGGCGGCGAAAGAAGAGUUAUUAUUCCAGCAAAAAUGGGUUACGGAUCUCAAUCCCUUCCUGGAAUUCCAGCAAACUCUGAGUUAACCUUUGACAUCAAGUUGGUUUCUUUAAAGUAA